UCCUCAACGUUCUCCCCACCUCCCACCUCCGCCCGCUCCUCUUAUACGCGGCACCCACGCCUUGGCCUCCGCCCUCCCCUGCUCCUCCACCUCGCCCUCCCCUCCCGCGGCAGCCCCGAGAAGCGCUGCGGGCCUCACCUGCCCGUCCUCCUUGCCCCAAGAACCGCGGUUCAGGAAGGGAAGGGAAGGGAGGGAAGCGCCUGCCUGCCUGCUGCCGGGGCCGAGCUGCGAGAGCGACCAUGGCGUACAGGGCGGAGGACGACUACGACUACCUCUUCAAGGUCGUGCUCAUCGGCGACUCCGGGGUCGGCAAAUCCAACCUGCUCUCGCGGUUCACGCGCAACGAGUUCAGCCUCGAGUCCAAGUCCACCAUCGGGGUCGAGUUCGCCACCAGGAGCAUCAGGGUCGACGACAAGGUCGUCAAGGCCCAGAUCUGGGACACCGCUGGGCAGGAGAGGUAUCGGGCGAUUACAAGUGCGUACUAUCGAGGGGCUGUGGGCGCACUUGUCGUGUACGACGUGACACGCCAUGUGACCUUUGAGAAUGUGGAGAGGUGGUUGAAGGAGCUCCGGGAUCACACGGAUGCAAACAUUGUCAUCAUGCUUGUCGGCAACAAGGCGGACCUGCGACACCUUAGGGCCGUGUCCGUGGAGGAUGCCAAGGGCUUCGCCGAGAGGGAGAGCACCUUCUUCAUGGAAACCUCUGCGCUGGAGUCCAUGAACGUUGAGAGUGCCUUCACCGAGGUCCUAACUCAGAUCUACCGUGUGGUCAGCAAGAAGGCCCUCGACAUUGGAGAUGACCCUGCUGCCCCACCGAGAGGGCAAACCAUCAAUGUUGGAGGCAAGGAUGAUGUCUCUGCUGUGAAGAAGUCAGGGUGUUGUUCAUCCUAAAUCAUCCCUUACGACCAUGGAAAGGAUUAACCAUAUCUAUGCUCAUCCCUUGUGCUGCCUAGCCUGCUGGUUGGUUACGAGAUUAUGUGUUGGUACAUACACCAGAAGAAUGCAUGGUUUAGAGGUUAAGAACUUAAUUCCAGCUAGGUUGGGACAAAAACUAACUUUUCGCAGUGUCAGUGACAUUCAUGGUUUACUUGUGUAUGGUUUAUAUGCACCACUGUUCAACACUAAUAGGCAUUAGAAUUCUCUCUCCCACACCUCACUACGUAACAUUCCCGGCCUGCUAAAGUGUUGUAAUUGGAGCUACUGAUGAUGAUGUUUGCUUGCUGGGAGCAAAGAGUAUAACUUUGUCUUUCAUGUCACGAGGGGUUAUGUUCCACUCGGUAAAUGUUCAUCUGUCAUUGGUAGGCAGCAAGUGUUUUUAGAGGGUUAUAUCAUGUAAUUCUCACAGAUGUACAAAAUUUGGAUUAUUGAAGGUUUAUGUUCCUCGUCA